GUUCUAUCAUCUGUGAUGGCGUCAGCUUUACCCAGAACCCUUGGGGAGUUGCAACUCUAUCGAAUAUUACAAAAAGCAAAUCUCUUAUUCUACUUUGAUGCCUUCAUUCAGCAGGGAGGUGAUGAUGUGCAACAGCUAUGUGAAGCAGGCGAAGAGGAGUUCUUGGAGAUAAUGGCUCUCGUAGGCAUGGCUAGCAAGCCUCUUCAUGUCCGAAGACUGCAAAAGGCUUUGAGGGACUGGGUCACAAACCCUGGUCUUUUUAAUCAGCCUCUCACUUCUUUACCAGUCAGUAGCAUUCCAAUCUAUAAAUUACCAGAAGGGUCCCCUGCUUGGCUGGGAAUAUCCUGCCCUAGUUACGAAAGGAAUAGUAAUACCAGGGAGCCUCACUUGAAGAUUCCAAAAUGUGUUGCCACCACAUGCGUGCAAAGUGUGGGUGCGGGCAAAUCUGAUGUGGUAGGAAACUUAGCGCUGCAGAGUGGCAAUGAACCAAGACUCUGGCAAGGUCACCACACUACAGAGAGCGAACACAGCCUUUCCCCUGCUGACCUUGGCUCUCCAGCUUCACCAAAGGAAAACACUGAGACUCUAGAUGCUGCGGCUGCUCUGUCAGUUGCCGAAUGCGUGGAACGUAUGGUUCCCUCCCUGCCCAAAAGUGACUUGAAUGAGGUAAAGGAGUUACUGAAAACGAACAAGAAGCUGGCAAAGAUGAUUGGUCACAUUUUUGAGAUGAAUGACGAGGACCCUCGCAAAGAGGAGGAGAUUAGGAAAUACAGUGCAAUAUAUGGCAGAUUUGACUCGAAAAGAAAGGAUGGCAAACAUCUCACCCUCCAUGAGCUAACAGUUAAUGAAGCAGCCGCUCAGCUGUGUGUUAAAGAUAAUGCAUUGUUAACCAGGAGAGAUGAACUCUUUGCGCUGGCUCGGCAGAUCUCUCGAGAAGUUACAUACAAGUACACUUACAGGACCACCAAAUCUAAAUGUGGAGAUAGAGAUGAACUGUCACCGAAGAGAAUUAAGCUAGAGGAUGGUUUUCCUGAUUUCCAGGACACAGUCCAGACACUUUAUCAACAAGAGAAAGUACCACUUGCCUUGGCCAAAGGCAAAAGUGAAGAUUUGGCAGCUCUUAAUUCCCAGUCUGAAAAGGUGAUGGCAAAACAGAUGGAGUUUCUUUGUAACCAAGCAGGGUUAGAGAGACUACAACACUCAGAGAGACGCCUUUCCACAGGGUACUACAGACAAAGCUCAGAAGAGCACAGCCCCAAUGGCAUGACGUUAGAUAAUGCGGAUGGACAAGGUGAGAGGCCCCUGAAUCUCCGAAUGUCAAAUCUGCAAAAUAGACAGUUGCAACACAUUUCGCUAGAUGGAGAGCAGCACGUAGGAAAACCUCUGUGCAGUGACCUGAUCCGACUUUACUCCAGUGGUGAGGCAAAGUCUCAGCCCUCAG